GCUGUGGUCCGCGAAACGCGGGGGUCCUCCGGGGCGAUGAGGAAGCUAGCUGCUGGCUCCCUUCUCUCAGUCCUGAAGGUGCUGCUCCUGCCUCUGGCGCCGGCCCCAGCCCAGGACUCUCCUUCGGCCGCCACCCCAGGCAGCCCGCUGUCGUCCACCGAGUACGAGCGCUUCUUCGCACUGCUGACCCCAACCUGGAAGGCGGAGACCACCUGCCGCCUCCGUGCCACCCACGGCUGCCGCAACCCCACGCUUGUCCAGCUGGACCAAUAUGAAAACAAUGGCCUGGUGCCCGACGGUGCUGUCUGCUCCGACCUCCCUUACGCUUCCUGGUUUGAGUCUUUCUGCCAGUUUACCCAGUAUCGUUGCUCCAACCACGUCUACUAUGCCAAGAGAGUGAGAUGCUCCCAGCCAGUCUCCAUUCUCUCACCUAACACUUUCAAGGAGGUAGAAGCUUCAGCUGAAGCCUCACCCACCACGAUCACCUCCUCCGUCUCAUCCCACUUCACAGCUGUCAGCACAGAACGACAGGCCUUCCAGUCCUGGCCUGAACGGCUUAACAGCAAUGUGGAGGAGCUACUGCAAUCCUCCCUGUCCCUGGGAGGCCAGGAGCAGUCGUCAGAGCACAGGCAGGAGCAACUACACGAGCAUAAGCUGGAGGAAGGGCAGGGACCGGAAGAGCAGGAGGAGGAGCAAGAAGAGGAGGGAAAGCAAGAGGAAGUACAGGGGACAGAGAAGGGAACAGAGGGCAUGUCUGGGCUGCAGACAGACUCAGAGCCCGAGUUUCAGUCUGAGUCUUUACUUUCCAACCCUUCCUCCUUCACUCCUCGGGUACGAGAAGUGGCUUCUACUCCUAUGAUGAUGGAGAACCUCCAGGAGCUCAUUCAAUCAGCCCAGAAAAUGGAUGAGACGGAUGAGAUCUAUGACGAGGGCUCCUACUGGAGAAGCCAAAACUCUGGCAGCCUCCUGCAGCUGCCCCAUACGGAGGCCUUGCUGAUCCUGUGCUAUUCAAUUGUGGAGAACACCUGCGUCAUAACCCCCACAGCCAAGGCCUGGAAGUACUUGGAGGAAGAGGUCCUUGGUUUUGGGAAGUCGGUCUGUGACAGCCUUGGGCGGCGACACUUAUCUACCUGUGCCCUCUGUGGCUUCUGCUCCCUGAAGCUGGAGCAGUGCCACUCAGAGGCCGUCCUGCAGCGGCAGAAGUGUGACGACUCCCACAAGACAUUCUUCAUCAGCCCCCUGCUCACAUCCCAGAGCUUGUCCAUCGGCAAUGAGGUAGGGUCCUCUGAAACAGGCCGCUUUUAUGGGCUGGAUUCAUAUGGUGGUCUCCACAUGGACUUCUGGUGUGCCCGGCUUGCCACAAAGGGCUGUGAAGAUAAUCGAGUCUCCAGUUGGCUCCAGGCUGAGUUCCUUAGCUUCCAGGAUGGGGAUUUCCCCACCAAGAUUUGUGACACAGACUACGUCCAGUACCCGAACUACUGUUCCUUCAAAAGCCAACAGUGUCUGAUGAGAAACCGGAAUCGGAAGGUGUCCCGCAUGAGAUGUCAGGAGAAUGAGACUUACAACGUGUUGAGCUCAAGCAAAAGUGAGGACCUUGUCCUUCGAUGGAGCCAGGAGUUCAGCACGUUGACUCUAGGCCAGUUUGGAUGACUGGGCGCCAUUCUGCCCCCACCCCAGCCUGACCUUUCCACACCCUCCAUCGCCCUUAGACCUCAUUGUCAGUUGGA